AUGCUAAAAGACAACAAAACAAGUGUUAAAAAGGGUAAAAAGCUGGAAAAAAAUGCUAAAGUACCAGUAAAUGACAUUCUUUAUGAUGUCAUAAAAAAUAUUGAAACCAUUGACAAAAGAAUACAGAAU